AUGAUCAACGCGAGUGAGGACAGUGGUUGUCUCUCCGUUUUGUCUUCUUGCUUCAAGAGACGAGGCAAGCCGCGACCAGGCGCUUCCGAGUGCCCAAAUCAAGUGGCCCCUUUGGUGUCAUCCGCAACGGAGGUGACCGAACUGUCGUCGCUUAAUCCGGUUCACGAUGAAACAUCUGCCUCGACGAACCCCGAGAUCCAGACCCCUCGCCAGAAAGCUCAUCUGCGCCACCACGCCACGACAAUACUUGGUCUGUGGCAAGAAGCGUACGAUAAGCUGGAUGAGAAAACUCGUAAAUGGAUCGACAGUAUUCCACGGGCUGCUAAUUCCAAAGACUCCGCAAAAGAGCUGGUGGAAUUGGUCCGCUUGAGGGAGAAACAUGAGAAAGAAGCGCUGAAGCUCAAGUUCGGCGGUCGUCAAAUCUUGCGGAGGGAUUACGCGACCAGAGUGAUAUUUUUACUGACGGCAAUUGGAGACAUCACCGUCACAGUUACAGGCGCCCUCUUCAACCGUGUGGUCAGCAGUCAAGAUGCUUUUGAAGCUCAAACAUCUGCUCGUCAACCCUAUGAGCUGACGAUCUUUCAGGCCAACGUAUCGAAACGCGAAGAUCUUGUAGCUAUCAUGGGAUGUACAGACAUGGUCCUCUGCCUCGUGAGGCGUGGCAUGGUGUACGAAGAGGUGUACCUUAGGGAGUUGCCUAGGCUCCCAGCCCAGGAAGAUUUGAAGCAAGAGCUUGUUGAGGUAUACGCGAACUGCUUGGAGUUUCUAGCCUUCGUCGGCGGCGAAUUGCAGCAUGGGAAUAUGCGGCGAUUCUUGGAGGCGUUCUUAGAUCCCGGUCACGGUGACAAGCGCGUGUCGGCCCUAAAAGCCCUUGAGCAGAAGCUGCAGUUCGCAGCUCAGGCUUGCGAGGCUGAAGCAAGCUCUGAACAUCGAAACUUGGUUCAGAGUCUUGCGUGGCCGCUCAAGCGUGUUGACGACAAUGUUGCGGCAGUUCUUGAGAGACUCAAUGACAAGGAAAAGGAAAAAGGCUAUGGCAUACAUCAGCACUGUCCCAGUCGGGGUUCACCACAACGAGAAACGCGAAAAUAG